AUGUCUUCGAUCACAGAAUCUCAGACCGAUGGGCACGGCGCAACGACACCGAUAAGCAACCUUUCCAGCCUGCCUUACACUAUCCGGCUGCAGCUCCAAGCGCCGAUACCAGCAGUGUCCUGCAUGUCAAUAUGCGGUCAUGUCUUGUCAAGAAAUGACAUUCAAACCCGGGUACCUAUCCGUACUGUAAAAAGCCAAGCAAGCAAUCAUCAUCUCGCAUUUGACGAAGAUGAAUACCUACACGUGUGGAAGAGGCAUAUUGAUGACAACGGGCGGCUUGCAGAAUUUCCUGAUCGAUCCUCUUUUAAACUGAAGAUGCAACACUGUGCCAAGGGUUACAUCGCAUGCUGGGGUAUUAGGAGGGGGGAGGGGAGAUAUCGAGUCGGUCGGGUCAAAGCAUUGUCGUCUCCGUCUCCCGACUUGGCUCGUCCGAGCAUCGACGUCGCCAUGCCAGUAUUCGUGCGUAUAACGUACGCAGCAAUUAUGUCGUGGGAUGUUCCUCAAACUGCUCCGAAGAUACGCCGUGCUCAAAUCUCCUCCCCACUCACUAAGCAGGACCGCCUCCAGUGUCGCGUGAUCACCCUCUUGGCUUGA